AUGGUUGAACAAAUUCUCGAAACUAACAAUGAUUUCGACGUACAUGAUCAUGUCAUGGAUUUUUCAGAUGACAAUGAAUUGUCUCAUCAUCAUAAAGUACCUAGUAUCCUCGACGAUUACGAUUGGAAUGAUAUGACACAAUUAAUUCACAACAUGGAUUUCAAACCUGGUAUGACAUUAGCUUCUCGUCAAAUAGCACAAGAGCAUCAAAAAAAUAUUUUAACAAUGAGAAAUGAAUUAACCAAAAAAACGCUUCUUAUGCGUGCAUCAUACAAAGGUUAUUCAUAUCAUACCUAUCCAGCAAAUGAAUUUCAACAAAAAGCAUCGAAUUAUAUUAAGGAAACAGGUAUUUACAAGUUUAUCAAGAAUGUCAAUUUAAUUAAUCCAAAAGUUAGUCAACAGUGUUUGAAGAAUAUUAUACACAAAGUAGAUACAACAUUAAACAUGUUACUUAAUUCUAAAUCUAUUACUGAUCAACAAUAUGUACUUAUGCAUCCACUACGAUCAGUGGUACGUUUAAAUUAUUUACAUUUUGUACCUGAUACGUCCGAGGACUCAGAUCCACUUCAACCAAUUAUUAUAUGUAAAGAUGGACCGACAUUUAAUCUUGCCCAUUAUCUUAGUGAUAAACUUUGGUCGAUAUUUAAUCAAAUUACCGGCUGUAAAACAUUUGCCAAUAGUGAUGAUCUAGUGUAUACAUUAGAACAAUAUGCCAAAAACGAUUGUCUUCAUGAAACUACUUAUUUUGUUACAUUCAAUAUGAAUGAUAUAUGUACUAAAUUUUCACAUGAAAAAGUCAUCAAUGCAUUAGAAAAUUUUUUUAAUCUACAUCAAAGUGAAAUACAAGAAACUUGUGUCGGUCUAACAAAAGAAAUCAUUAUUGAACUUGUUCGUCUUGUAUUACAAAAUCAAUAUUUUAUUUAUGAAAAAAAACUCUAUCAACAAAUCCAUGGUAGUGCUUCUGGAUCCUUAUUAACCAUUCCAUUGGCUUGUAUCUAUCUCUUCUAUGGACAAUCAACAUCAUUGAUACAUACUUUAAUUAAUAAUAAAAAAGAAUUAUUUGCCAGAUACCGUGAUGACAUCUUCCUUACAUGGAAUGAUUCCAAAGAUAAAUUUCAAACAUGCUUCAAUGAAAUGAUGAUCAAUCAAAAACAACAUCCAAAUAUGACACCGUUGAAGUCAACGAUCGGAUCUACAAUACAUUUACUUGAUGUCGAAUUAACCAAUGAUAAUGGUCAUUUUAUUACAAAAAUUUAUCGUGAUCCAAACACGGAUGAAUAUGAACUACCAAGUAAAUAUCAAUAUCAUGUUAAUCGACCGUCCAGCUUAAUCAAAGCUGCACUUAAACAUGCUGUACAAUGUUGUUCAAAUCAAGAAGAUUUUCAUCAAGAACGUCGUCAUAUUGAUUUAUCACAUUUAAUUCGUGGUUUUUCGCCUUCGUUUAUUAAUAAAUGUAUUCAAGAAUUUUACAAAGAAUUUAAUAUUGAAAUGGACGCCCAUGAUUUGUUCGAUGAUUUGCCAUAUGAAACAUUUCGACACCGUAUUAUGCAUCGUUAUGAACAAGAAAUGGCAUUCAAAAAAGAACAACAAACACAACAACAAAACAUUAUACGAAUUCCAUAUCCAGACGAUUGGACUGAACAAAUGGCAAUCAAAAUCAAAGAUGAUCUUCUUGCUAUCUUAAAAGACAAUUCGACAAAUAAGGAAGCUUUCAAUAAUAUUAAAUUCGAAUUUGUACCACGUCCACAUACACCAUUAAGUAUGAAUGAUUAUUUAGUGGAUAGACGACCACCUCUUUCUAUGUUAACUUUGCCAAACGAAUAA